AUGGCGCUGAUUUUAAAAGGCGCUGUUAAGUUAUAUUACUAUUUAAAUGAGGAGAUUAUCGAUGAAAGAACGCGUGAUUGGCCAUUGAUAGGGUCCCCAUGGCCGGGGUUGGGCUUAUUAACGAUUUAUUUAUUUACUGUGUUAAAAUGGCUCCCGAACUACAUGAGAGACAGGCCCGCGUACGAUUUGAAGGGUCUAAUAGCUGUGUACAACGCUUUACAAAUUGGCUUUUGUGCGUAUGUUGUGUACCAUAGCCUUCGACUCGGUUGGUUGAACCAUUAUUCACUGCUAUGUCAUCCGGUAGACUACGGACCUUGGAGCAUCGAAUACGCCUGGAAAGUGUGUUAUGGAUACUUUGCGAUUAAACUUGUUGAUUUAUUCGACACGAUAUUUUUCGUUCUACGCAAAAAACAGAAUCAAGUAACAUUCCUGCACGUCUAUCAUCAUUUUGGCAUGGUAGCUGUAGCCUGGGGCAUGGUGAAAUGGGUGCCAGGAGGACACAUAACUAUGUUGGUAACGAUAAAUUCGUUCGUCCACAUUAUAAUGUACGCAUACUACCUGCUAACAACCAUUGACGAUUCCUUCAAAAAAUCUCUUUGGUGGAAGAAACAUGUGACGCAAGUACAGAUAACGCAAUUCAGCAUACUGCUCCUUCAUUUUCUUGCGCUAGCAUUUGCACCGAACUGCCCCUUCCCCCGCACACCUGCGUAUAUCCUCAUACCGCAAAAUCUGUUCAUGGUUAUACUCUUUUGCGACUUCUACUACCGUGCUUAUAUUAAGCCGAAUAAAACAAAAACAGAUUAG